CUUCUCGGCGGCUAAUCAGUGUUCCGAAAAGUUACCUUCUUGGCUACGAUCUGUCGAUCCCAAUUCACACAACAAGGGCAUAGACUCAAAGUGCAGGCUAAAGACGACACAGACAUAUUAGGUUCACGAAUGGCGGCCCUGCAGAAGAAAUGGGACGACGUUUGCCAAAGAAUCCACCAAUCCCCAGCCUUUCCAAAGUUCGGGUUUCAGCCCUCAAGACCAGAGUUCUCGGUCCAGCUUGUUCGGGAUCAGUUCGAAAAUGUUGUCAGAAGGCCUACCGAGCAAAUUUCAGGGACUUCUAAUCUGCAAAUUCCAUCACCAUCCCGGCUAUCAGUACAGGUUUCGAAGCCAAAGCACAAUGAUGCUCUUACGAGUCCUAUGACUAACUGCACAACGAGUUCGCCUUUGAGUUGUGUGACCACAGAUUUAGGGUUGGGAACGAUCUAUGCAUCGUCAAACCAAGAACCUAAAACACCGAUAUCACUGGACAAGAGAGAUUUGGGGGCGAGCAGUGAGAAAUCACGGCUUCUGACUCAGCAGUCUUGUGCAGAACUGAUCAACCCGAAAGAUUUCAAGUCUCUGAAAGAGCUUCUGUCCCAGAAAGUUAGUUGGCAAUCCGAUGCUGUGAAUGCCAUAAGUGAAAUCCUCUGCGGAUGCAAAGAAGGCUCAUGGAGAAGCCAUGGCGGAUCAUCAAGAAACGUUUGGCUUGCCCUUCUUGGACCUGACAGAGUCGGUAAGAAGAAGAUAGCCUCGGCCCUUGCUGAAAUCUUCUUCAAUGGGCAGGAAAACUUUAUUUCAGCGGAUUUUCAGGCACAGGAUUGCCUUGACGAUAAAUUCAGAGGAAAAACAGUUGUUGAUUAUGUAGCUGGGGAAUUGGCGAGGCAUCCACAUUCUGUUCUUUUCCUGGAAAAUGUUGAAAAAGCGGAGUUCCCGGAUCAGAUCAGCUUAUCUGAUGCUGUCAGAACCGGAAAACUGCGAAAUUCGCACGGGAGAGAGAUUAGUAUGAAAAAUGUGAUUGUUGUUGUGACUUCAGGAGAUGUCAAGGACAGUAACAGGCAUGUUCUUGACUCUGGAAAAUUCUCCGAGGAAAGAAUGCUCAGUGCCAAAAGCUGUAGAUUGCAGAUAAAGCUCUCGGAAACUGCUCGAACCAGUCUGAAUAAAAGAAAACAGGAUUCAGAAACAGAAACAGUAGAGGCUCGAGCCCAGAAGGCUCAACGUUCGUUUCUUGAUUUGAAUCUUCCGGUGGAGGAGACAGAAGCCGACACAGAAGAGACAGUCACCAUGUCCGAGAACACAAAAGCUUGGCUGGAUGAUUUCGUCGGACUAUUAGACGACAAAGUGAUGUUUAAGCCAGUCGAUUUCGAUGGGUUGGCGAAGAACAUCCAGAGGAGCAUCAUUUCAACAUUUCGCCGCUCUUUCGGGUCAGAAAUCGAGUUCGAGAUGGACGAUGAAGUGAUUGUUCAGAUCCUCGCGGGUUCUUGGUUGUCGGAUGAAGACAGAACACUAGAUCAGUGGCUCCAUAACGUACUUGCCCCGAGAUUCGUAGAAGCCAGACAGAAGUACGGUUCCACUCCUGGGUUUGCCGUGAAACUGGCCGCCGUAGGAGGUCUUCCGGCGGAAGAACAAGCUGCGGGAGGGAAGUUCCCGGCGAGGGUCGAUGUGCUCUGACUUGUUAUUAUCAUAUAACAUAAAUGCAUAUGGUUAUUAUCAUAGUUGAUUGUGAUUUGCUCUGUGAUCAUUCUCUCUUAUAUGUUUGUGGUUUGUGCUUGUAACUAUAGAUAAAAUAGCUGGUAAGUAACUUUGGUACAUAUAUAGCUUCGUAGAAAAAAAGAACCGAUUGCCAUUUUUGGUUUAGGCCUCUUCUUCAUAUUA